AGUUUUGAUUCACAUGAAUGCUUAUGACACUCCAUAACAUGCCCUAUAUUUUUUUAAAAGAAAAACAAUAGUCAGACGUAAAAUCUAAAGUACAGUUGUGAAGAUGUUGCAUUAGAUCUAUGUAACUUUUGGCAACAUUGUCGUGGUUCAAAAGUGUCCGCUUAUAAUGUGCUCUUAGUACACAAACGUAGCACCAGAUUUACUACAUUUAAAAAAAAAUCAAAUAUCAUUACUGUCAGCGUGUAUUUGAGAGACCCUGAAGCCUCAUGGCUAUUCGGAUUCUUGUCGUGGGAGAUUCCAAAGUUGGCAAAACAGCACUGACCGUCAGGCUGCUGACAAGACGUUACAUUGGCGAGUAUAGCUCUUCCACAGACUCUAUGUAUAAGUGUACUAUAGAGGUUGACAAUGUCUCCACACGGGUAGAAGUACUGGACACAAUUAACAGGCCUGGUCAACCUCCAGAUGUAGACGAGAACCAAGUAAUGUGGGCCGGGGCCCAUGUCGUUGUCUACAGUGUCCUGAGCAGAGAGUCGUUUCUUCGUGCUGCCUCCUUAGCCAGCGCCAUCAACGCACUGAAGACUUCUUCCACGCCGCUGCUUCUGUUAGGUAACAAGGUUGACCUUGACCCUGGGCGCGAGGUUGGAGUUCAAGAAGGUCGACAGAUGUCCAGAGAACUCGGCUGCAUUCAUGACGAAGUUUCAGCCGCCGAAGACUUGGCUGGCACUCUUCAGGCGUUCCAUACCUUAAUCAAAGAGGUCCAGCUAGCUCAACCUUCAAGGUUAUCCUCCAGAAAACGGAACAAGAAUCCACUGGACAACGUCUCCAAGAAGCUUGGUGCCAUAUUUGGAAAGAAAGAGACAAACGUGUCCAACAACAAUGAGGCAACAGGAAUGAGCUAAAAGCAAGGACACUGACUGAAAGGUGUUUAAGCAAGGACACUGACUGAAAGGUGUUUAAGUAAGGACACUGACUGAAAGGUGUUUAAGUAAGGACACUGACUGAAAGGUGUUUAAGUAAGGACACUGACUGAAAGGUGUUUAAGUAAGGACACUGACUGAAAGGUGUUUCAGUCACUGACUGAAAGGUGUUUAAGUAAGGACACUGACUGAAAGGUGUUUAAGUAAGGACACUGACUGAAAGGUGUUUAAGUAAGGACACUGACUGAAAGGUGUUUAAGCAAGGACACUGACUGAAAGGUGUUUAAGCAAGGACAAUGACUGAAAGGUGUUUAAGCAAGGACAAUGACUGAAAGGUGUUUAAGCAAGGACACUGACUGAAAGGUGUUUAAGCAAGGACACUGACUGAAAGGUGUUUAAGCAAGGACAAUGUCUGAAAGGUGUUUAAGCAAGGACAAUGACUGAAAGGUGUUUAAGCAAGGACAAUGACUGAAAAGUGAAAGGGACGAAACGGUGGGAAGAACUGGAAAUAGAAGCUUUAUCGAAUUAUCUG